AUGGGAUGCCGAGAAGAGCACAAGGUGACCUAUGCCACUUACUUGUUGUGUGGGGAGGCGGAAGACUGGUGGAGGUUUGCCGGUCAGACAUUGCCACAAGGGGGUGGUUACAUUCAGUGGGAGGCCUUCAAGAAGGUCAGAGAGUUCCUUGAGCUGAAGCAAGGAAGUAUGACCGUAGGAGAGUAUGCAGCUAGAUUCCAAGAACUGAUGAAGUACUGGCCUCAUUACCAGCAUGGUGAUGAAGAGGAAGAAUUGUGUUCUCAGUUUGAGAACGGAUUGAGGUCAAAAAUCCAAGCCGCGGUCAGUGUGUUCCAACUGACGAACUUACCCACUCUAGUGAGCAAGAGUAGAAUCUUUGAAGCAAACACAAGGGGAAGACAGUGGACACUAGGGGAGCUAGCCCCUUGA